GGGUCAUUGCGUUGCGUUCUCAUCAGUGUUUCUUUCUUUUUGGUUUGCUUUACCCCGUUCUUCACGAUCUUUUUCACUAGACGACGACGACGACGACGACGAUCCAAAGUCUCAGUCAACCCACUCACACCAGACGACUCGACUCUUCCUUUUUAUAUUAUUUCAAAGUCCCUUUUCUUCUUCUUCUUCUUCUUCUUCUUCUUUCAUAAACACUUUGCCACAGAUGCGAUUUGCUGUUUCUUCUUCUUCUUCUUCAUUGUGCUCUUCAACACUCAUGAAGCUUUGACAACAACGACGAAGACCAAAGCUUCUGUCUUGUCCAAUUUCUAAUUUUGAUUCGUUUCUGAUGUUCAUCGGAGAGAACCCUAGAUUUUGUUUCUCUAGUUUAUAAGUAAUUUUACCCAUUUUGUGGAAUUUAGGGAGGGAUUUAUGAAGAAGAUGGGUGGUAGGUUAGUUUUUGCAAUUUUCUUUGGGAAUUGUCUCUGUUUGCUGCUUCUACUGUCUAGCUUGGCCGAUGCAAAUCAGGCCAACAUUGAUUGCUUGAAGACCUUUAAAUCUCAAGUUGAGGAUCCAAAUAGGUAUUUGUCAACUUGGGAUUUUGGGAACCAGACUGCACAAGGUUUCAUCUGCAAGUUUACUGGUGUGACUUGUUGGCACGAUGAUGAGAAUAGGGUUUUGAGUCUUAAGCUCUCUGGUUUGGGUCUCAGAGGAGUGUUUCCUCAGGGAUUUAAGCUAUGUUCUGAUCUGACUGGUCUAGAUCUUUCUAGAAACAACUUCUCUGGGCCUUUGCCAUCAAACCUUACAGAUGUGAUUCACCUUGUUACCACUUUGGACCUCUCUUACAAUGGUUUCUCUGGUGAAAUCCCUGUUAGUAUCUCAAACAUUUCCUUUUUGAACUCUCUUAUGCUUCAGCAUAACCAGUUCACUGGUCAGCUUCCUCCUCAGUUAGUGCUACUCGGACGGCUCAAAACGUUCUCUGUGGCUGACAAUCGUCUUGAAGGUCCUAUCCCAAAGUUCAACAGCACCAGCAUUAACUCUGAGAGUUUUGCUAAUAACCUGAAUUUGUGUGGUAAGCCUCUGGAUGACUGUAAGAGUUCUAAUGGCUCUCGUGGUAAAGUUAUCAUUAUAGCGGCUGUUGGUGGAUUGACUGGGGCAGCAUUAGUCGUUGGGGGUGUUUUGUUCUUCUAUUUCCGUCAAAUGGGUGUCGUUAGGAAGAAGCAGGAUGAUCCUGAAGGAAACAGAUGGGCAAAGAGCUUGAUGAAAGGACAGAAAGGCGUUAAGGUUUUCAUGUUUAAGAACUCAGUUUCGAAGAUGAAAUUAAGCGAUCUUAUGAAGGCAACAGAGGAAUUCAAGAAAUAUAACAUCAUUGGAACAGGAAGAACAGGGACUAUGUACAAAGGAGUGCUUGAAGAUGGGACUCCACUUAUGAUAAAGAGGUUGCAAGAUUCUCAACGUUCUGAGAAAGAGCUUGACUCAGAGAUGAAGACUUUGGGCUCAGUUAAAAACAGAAACUUAGUCCCUCUUUUGGGAUAUUGUAUUGCGAAUAAGGAGAGGCUUCUGAUAUACGAGUACAUGGCAAACGGUUACCUUUAUGAUCAGUUACAUCCUGCAGAUGAAGAAUCCUUCAAUCCCUUGGAUUGGCCUUCAAGGUUGAAAAUUGCUAUUGGGGCAGCAAAAGGAUUGGCGUGGCUUCAUCACAGCUGCAACCCGAGGAUCAUCCAUCGCAACAUUAGCUCGAAAUGCAUAUUAUUGACUGCAGAGUUCGAGCCCAAGAUCUCAGAUUUCGGUCUAGCUAGGUUGAUGAACCCCAUUGAUACCCAUUUAAGCACAUUCGUCAAUGGAGAAUUUGGGGAUUUCGGUUAUGUUGCUCCCGAGUAUUCAAGAACCAUGGUCGCAACUCCAAAAGGAGAUGUCUACAGCUUCGGGGUUGUGCUUCUAGAGCUAGUAACGGGACAAAAAGCAACGAGUGUGACAAAAGUAUCUGAAGAAGGCGAGGAAGAAAGCUUCAAGGGUAACCUUGUGGAAUGGAUUACAAAGCUAUCAAGUGAAUCAAAACUGCAGGAAGCGAUUGACAGGUCUUUACUGGGGAACGGUGUGGAUGAUGAGAUCUUCAAAGUGCUCAAAGUAGCAUGCAACUGCGUUUUACCGGAAGUACCAAAGCAGAGGCCAACCAUGUUUGAAGUGUAUCAGCUUCUGAGGGCCAUUGGAGAGAGCUACAACUUCACCGUAGAUGAUGAUAUCUUAAUCCCCUCUGAAUCAGGUGAAGGCGAUUUCAUCGAAGAGCUCAUAGUUGCUCGCUGAUCAAGCAGGAAGGGUGAGACAUCUUUAGUCGUAGCAGUCCAAAGAUAUAUAUAAACUACUACAUAUAUAUAUAUAUAUAUGUUUUAAGCAAGUAUUGUCUUUCUUUCAUUUUAUUUUUGGGUUCUCCUUGUCGAUGGUGUGGGUGUAAUAUGAAAUAUUCUUGUAGAUGCACUCUCUCUUAUUACUUGCUUAUACGGAGCUUUUGGUGAGCGUAGUACCGUCACUGGUUUGGUUUUGCCA